GCCUGACGGUCAAGAAUGGGGAAUUCAAAAUGACACAAACUAUGAUUGGGCUAAGGAAAUGGCAUGAUUAAAAAGAUAUUAAUGAUCGCGGACAAAUUUGCAGUUAUAUAUACCGAAUUGAUACAUAUCAGACCCAUGAGUUACGAUGUAUGCCUCGGACGAGCAUCGCUUUUAUCGGAAGGCGCGAAGAAAGUUUUCCUUAAAAACCUAUGUCCUUUUGUUUCUGUGGCUGCUGUUGGCCUUGAUCCAGUGGAUGGUAGUCGCUCUAAUUGAAGAUGCACGGAAAACGUUCUCGGAAUUAUAUUACAUCUGUUUAGUGACCUUUGCCCUGGCCAUCUUGAUAUUCGCAAUCUUCAUUUUUGUUGAGAAGCUGCGAUUCAUCAAAUGUGUCAAUUUUCUCGUAGCACUGAUUAUUGUUGAGCUGCAGAUCAUAUCCACAUUUGCUCUAGUCGUUCUGAGUUGGUGGGCGGAUUUUCUGACCUUCUUUGCAGUGGCCUUAAUAUUGGUAGUUUUAUUCCUGAUUAUAGGUGUAUUUCUACCAGCAAAAAUGGACCUAACGCUGGACAUCGCAAUCUUAUUUAUAAUGGCAUUUAUCUUCUUGAUUAUCGCUAGUUUUGUCCUAUUAUUCCAGUUACUUGUAGCACGUACUGUUCCCUAUGCUUAUUUAGUGGUGGAAAUCGCUGUUACCCUGACGAUUUUAUUGUUCGUGAUGUACCAUGGCCAAACUAUCAACGGGAACCGAUUCGCUGAAAUGCGUCUGAAUGAUUUCUUUCUGGCUUCUCUGAUACUGUUCCACGACUUUCUCAUCAUAUUCUGGCUGACAUUCUACUGGCAGACCAAUUACAGACCUAUUACACCCGACUCCUGGAUAGAAACGUCUACCACGAAUUCUACAUAUUCAAAUAGUAGCGACAAUAAAUAUAGAAAUCUUUACGGUAAUUCAGACUGGGGGAAAAGAUAUGAUCCAAGAACAACCCCAUUCUUGGACGACGAUCCCUGGUAUACCAGAAGUUUGGAUUACGGAGAUGAUGAUGGUGAGUACGAUAUCGAUAAUUAUCCCCGGGCUCCAAAAGGUCGAGGAAGAGGAGGAAAUCGGGGAGUAUAUGGGAAUCGGGACCACAAUGAUAGAGACCCCAUGGAUAGACAAAGGCCGAAUAAUCGGGAUUCCACUAACGAUUGGUCGGUCUACAAUCGGAGGCCAAAUUACGGAGGGAGGAAUAAAGAAAGGGCUCGCACCAAAGAUCCAAUACCAAGUCACGAAUACCACGAAAAUCGUAGUCCUGAUGAAUGGGAUCCUGAAUAUAUUACACAGGGUGUCGAUAGGGAGGUGCCAUUUGAUGAUCGCUAUGACGUCAAAUCUGGAGAGUCAUAUAAUACAGUAGAUCGAACGCCCAACGAAAAUGUUGGUCCAAGGAUAGAGUAUGGUGAUGCCGAAGGAAAAUCGGAAGUUGGCCUUGGUAAUCCACCUAUCGAUUUUCCUUUGGCCGAUCACCAGUCCGGUGAUGAUUCUACAAUAAACAAAAUGCACAAGUCUGAGGACUCUCCGAAUAUAUAUAUAGUUCCCAAGGCGCAACAUAUCGGCAAUCGAGAAUAUUAUCCCGGUGGAGAAAGCCCCUUUUCGUCAAGUAAUGAUCCUCCAAGUGAUACUCAAAAUGGAAACCUAGAAAUAAUAUCUCAGCCUGAAGAAAUAAUCAAGGUUGAUGAUAAUAAGCAUGCUCAUGUCCUCCCAAGCUCAAGCACAUUUCAAGAAAGUGAAUUCAAAAAAGGAGAUCCCAACUUGUUAGACGACGAAAUGAAAGGUUUAACCAAACAACAAUUUGAAGGACUGCAGCCAGACUUAAAUUCAGGAUAUACACCUCAAUGGGAAGAACUGAACGAAGAUGAGAUAAGAAAAUUAUUGGGCCAGCAGAUAGCGGAAAAUUUGGACAAGUAUCGUAAAGAUCAGGAUCGUUGGGUCGAACCUUUAAUUACAAGAGAGCCUUAUAUUCCAAUAAACCAUCCAGACUACGAGAAAAUUGUAAUGAAUGACAGCUUAAACGUAUUGAUAUAAGCUUUAGAAGCCGU